UUAUUAAUAAUUCCAGACUCCAUUUGGUCGGAUUAUUAAUUUGCGUUAUAGUUAUGAUAGUGUCGAUUCACUAGAUUGCGUGUUGUGAUGACCCACUUCUAUAAUUUAGAUUAACACCUGCUUUGGGCAGAAUUAUACAUACUUGCUGUUUAGUGAAUAGACUCUAGAAUGUUAACCAGUUGCUUCUGCGUACUGGAAGGGGAAUCCCUCCUCUCUCCAAGAACGAAAAUGGUGAAAAAUACAACAGCCCCAACAGUUACAACAACAUUUAGUUUUACUACAGCCGAACCGGAAUCCUGGAUAGAAAGUCUACUGAACAAAAUCCCACUGCCGCGAUGGGCCAUAUACGCCUUAGCCGGUGUGGCUCUUUUCUUGCUCCUCCUGAUUUUCAUCUGCUGUCUUUGUUGCUGCUGUAAACGGAAGAACAAACAAAAAAAGAAAGAGAAGAUUAAUCUCGGCAGCGUGAAGGGCAGCGUCACAACCAGUCUGGUUCAACCGGAUAUAGAAGGAUUGGGUGGAUCAGCAGAAAAUGUGUAUCGGGGCCGACUGCAGUACUCUCUGGAAUAUAACGUUCAGAGGGAGGAGGUCACGGUGGUGUUGAAGCAAGCAGCAGCACUGAAAGCAAUGGACAGUGGGGGGACAUCAGAUCCAUAUGUCACAGUAUACCUGACCAACGACUCUCGCAAGAAGAAUGAGACUAAAGUACAUCGUAAGACGCUCAACCCGGUCUUCAAUGAGGCUUUUACAUUUAAGGUGCUGAAAUCAGAAGUACCUGACACAGCGGUUGUGCUGCAGGUUUUCGACUUCAACCGGUUCUCAAAACAUGAUGUGAUAGGAGAGGUGCGUUUGCCUUUGUGGGAGAUGGACCUUCAUCAUAUCAUUGAGGACUGGAAGGAAUUGAGCCAAGCUGGAAAGACAGAGCAAGAGCGACUGGGGGAAAUCUGUGUAUCUUUGAGAUAUGUCCCCAGUAAUGGAAAACUCACUGUUGUUAUCUUGGAAGCCAAGAAACUCAAGAAGAUGGAUUCAGAUGGAUUUUCAGAUCCAUAUGUGAAGGUGCAGCUAGCGCUAAACAAAAAGAAGUGGAAGAGGAAAAGGACAGGCGUGAAGAAGAACACUUUAAAUCCAUAUUUCAAUGAAGCCUUUACCUUUGACGUCACACUGGAGCAAAUUCAGAACGUGGAUCUGAUCAUCUCAGUAUGGGAUCAUGAUAAAGUCAACAAGAACGAGCAGAUUGGAAAGGUGCAUUUAGGUUGUCGAGCCUCGGGCAAUGCCUUACGACACUGGUCAGACAUGCUGGCACACCCCAGACGCCCCAUGGCACAGUGGCACAAUUUGCAACCAGCAGAGGAAGUGGACAAGACUUUAGCCCUAAAAUCAAAUUUCAAGAUCCCCCUUCCUCAAGCACUCCAGCACUCCUGAUUCUGAGAUAUUAACAAACGGACCGCGAAUUCUCAUCUGACCUUCUCUGUUAGAUGACUUCAAAACGUUACGAAUGAUUGCUGCCUCUAUUAUGCCUUUCUGUAAAAGGUCCAUAUAAAUCAUUUCUAGAGCUUAAUGUAGAUUUCAAUCUAUAUUUUUUAUGAAUCAGCAAGUAAUCUCUUCUCCUGUAAUUGUAUUACAAAAUGAUGGAACACAUUUAUCAAAUAAUGAUAUAAGGAAAUUCUUCACCGACGGUUUACGUGGACAAAAACUAAAGUCUUGGCCCAUAGAACUUUUAUUUUCCUGGACAAUCCAUAACUUUUAUUGUAUUAAACCAACUGUAAAUGGUUCAAGCCAACAAUGUUGUUGGGUUGAAGUUACUACUAACUGAAAAUACAGUGUAUAACAGCU